ACGGGAUUGACAUUGUCAGUACUAGGCCUAGCGCGUCGUCUGCAUCAUGCCGUUCAUUCAACAUAUUCAGUGACUGACGCACGUACAGCACUGUAGUCUAGGGGACCCUACUUGCCGUUUUAACCUGAAAACUGUGUCGCGUCCAUAUGUGAAAACAAACAAACCAAGCAUCCCUGCAAACAUGACAAAAGGACAAACAUGACAAGUGCAAGAGAUCAAGCGCAUGCAGAAGAAUUGGAUGGACCAGAGAGCGUCCUCAUCAGGGAAGUCGGAGAGGACCUCAUCGGAUGCCCGGCCUGGCCGGGGCAGUGGGAGUAAGAUGGGGGCAACGUUGAAAGAGCCACCAAAGAAAACAGACACAAUUUCCUGGGUUGUUGGUAGUGGUUCCAAGAAAAAGCCAACGUCAGUGAGAGCACGUUCUGCUUCUCCGGCCCGUCCGAGCAACUCAAGAUCUGCAUCUGGAGCAAACAACUCGAGAUCCUCAAGUGGGAGGAAUAGUGGUGUGUCAAAGGUCACUGGAGGUAGACCUCCCUCUUCAGGGCGGCCUCCAUCAUCGAAUCGCCUUGGUUCAUCGAGAAGUGACUCUGGUUCCACCAAGAAUCCGAAGAGCCCCGGAGAGGAGUUUGUCUCCAAGGGUAGGAUGCUGUGUUCAGGCUCUGAGCCAAAUUUGUACAACAGGGAUGAAGGCAAAUCUUCCACUUCAAGUAUGCAGUCAGAUUCCAGGAUAGGCCUAUCAAGUGUUUCCAAACAUCCCAGGGAUGAGUGGGAUUUCCAAACUUCCACCCAAUCAGAAAAGCCCACCAAAAACACCGUCCAAUCAGUAUCCGUCCCAUCAACAGACAGCCAAUCAGGAUCCAAGACACCGACUGCUGGCCAAUCACACGACAGAUUACCCGGAACCGCUGGCCAGUCGGAGCCGAGAACUCGAGACCUGAUGGGCCCGGAUGCCUUUGACAAGCUAGCGGACCAGAUUGCCAGCAAAGUACGGGCCGACCUGAGGCAGGAGAGGAGUCAGAUGAUGCAGUCCGUUGGCUACUCGGGGAAGAGCAUCUUAGAUGAUGAGGACGAAGUCGAGGGAAGCGCACUGUCAAACCACAAGUGCAGCAAAUGCAAACAGUUAAUGGUUCCCCCAGACCACACACCGUAUGUUCUCAUACCCUGUGGCCACACCCUGUGUGAGGCCUGUGCUGAAGACAGAAUCAAGUGUCCCACCUGCCGAGCGCGAGUUUCUUCCACUGCAGUGAACACUACCCUGCAGCAGGUUAUAGCAUCAGCAACGAACCAUCGCCGCACGGCGCCAGUCCCAACCCCCUCAGCGCCGACGUCCCACCCAAAGUACGACCCCUCCGAAUAUUCCGGCCACCCUGUUAACGGGGCAACCCCUGCCGCUGCUGGACUGUACCACUCAGAUUACAGGGACGCUUCCCGAGACGGGCGAGCGGCUCACCCAGCCUACAACCAAACCAGUGUAACCCCCGGGCGUUACGGCGACCAUGGAGGGGCGGAGCCUGGUGGCUCAGGUAGGAGGAAGCCAACACCAGAGGAACUGGCCGAGAAAUAUUUCAAGGAGUAUCAGAACCUCCUGAUUCGCUGCGAGGCCAUGGAAGGGGAGGAGGAAGAAAUCCUGGCGGCAGUGGAGAGGAAAAACCGGGAGAUAGCCAAACAGAAGAAGCAAAUCUCCAACAUCGCAAGUGAGCAGGACCGGCUGCGGGGGGAGGUGCAGAAGACGGAAGAGCGGAUUGCCGCCCUGGACAGCCACCGGAGGGAGUAUGAGCAGCAGUGUGAAGAGCUGGAGGAAGACAAGCGAGAGCAGGGGGACCGGCUGGCCAUGGUGCGAGACAUGCUCAGAGGGUUGGAGAGAGCUAAAGAAAAGAUUAAGCUGUUGGCAAGAAAUUACAACAUGUCACUGGACUAGGUAACUCAGCCUCGGGUAUUUCUUCACUGAUCCAGAAAAAAACCUGAAAUAACAAGUAUCAGGGUUUUAACGUUCGUAUCUUUCUUAUGAUCAUGUCAAGUUAAACUUUUUAACUUUGCUGAGCCACAAAUUUGCAGAGCCAUUGGAUUGUAUCAUAAUUCAUAUUUCUCCAAAUAAUGGGGAUUUCUCCACAGGCCAUCUGAGAGGCCAUCAAGGGCAUACUGAGUAUCACAUGCACAUUGCUGCCUUGUGUAAUUACAUGUAAUGUACACUGUUAACCUAUACAUAUCUUACCAAGGGUGUCCAACAUUUUAUUGCAUUCCAACAGAACAAGGUCGAGCAUGUAAAUUUGUGUAUUCAGCUCGUGGGUUGGUAAUCUUGAGUUUGAUUCUGCUUUCAAUAGGGGACCCUGAAUAAUAGAGGACAAUAAGGUCCCCGAUUGACAGAGGGUCCCCGAUUGACAACUGUGUACAAAACCGUGGGAAGUCGUCUAAAAAAGUAGAACAGUACAAACAAAAGAGGAACAAUAGGGGGUCCCCAGUUGCAGGCAAAUACACACUUGGGUGUGUGGUUUGCACCAGGUGCUUUAAUUACUCAUUUCCCAGAUGGAGAGGGACAUUUACUACCCAUUUAUUCCACUUAGCAAUUUUAUUAAAGUUAAAUUUUUCUUAGACUGCAGUGACUGGAACCCAGUACAUGUUAUGGAGCUUUAUGGAUCACUGCGACCGCAAGUAGAUUUCAGUACUAAUGUUUAAUGAGAGAAUUUUGUAGAGAGGUAUUAAAGCUGG